AUGGACGACAGUGGGGGAAGACUGGAGCUUUGGGGGGUGGGAUCAGAGGGGUCGUCCUCAGGAGCCCGUGUGUCUCGUGUUGUGGCGAAUCUGUCUCGGGUGUACCGCUUUGCUGUUGAACGGAGCAUGUGGCAGAUGGCUCAGCUGCAGCCGUAUCAGCAGCCGCUAGUGCCGCAGCAGCAGCAGCAGCAGCAGCAGCAGCAGCAACAGCAGCGUCAAGCUCAGCAGAAGCACGGCAAGGAUGGGAGUGGGCAGAAGACGGUUGGGGGUGGGAGCGCGGCUAGUGCAGGAGGGAGCCGUGAGACCGGCGAAGUUCCAAGCCAUGCUGCGAGGCAGGUUACCAGCUCUGGCGAAGAGGAGGGCAGCUGGGAGGAUGUGGUGGCUGGCGAGGCAGCAGAAACUGCAGGCAAUCUGGAGUCGGCGCUUCUUGACUUGUCAGAGUCCCUGUUGCUCUUCCUGCCUCGGACUGAGGGGAUUGGAGGGACUGGGGGGAUUGGAGAAUCUGGGGGGAGUGGAGGGAUUGGAGGGCCUGGAGAGAUUGGCGGGGCUGCUGCAGGAGUGGGUCUAGCAGGAGAGGGUGUGCCUGCAAUGGAAACAGCUGGGGGAGUGGCUUUAGUAGUCCCUGCAGCCUGA